AUGACGCUGCUGGCAGGAGACAGUUCAGAUUAUGAUUACAGCGCCCUCAGCUGUGCCUCUGACAACUCCUUUAAUCAAACAAUCUACAAUGAAACACAGACUCUGAAAGGUGUGUUUUACAAUAGAGCUCACCUCAUACACUCUCAAGACUACUUGUAUAACAGUGCAUUCCCAGAAGACCGCAAGCACCAUGUUAUCAUAAAUGUUGGGGGAAUAAAAUACUUAUUACCAUGGACCACGCUGGAUGACUUUCCUUUAACACGUCUGGGGCAGCUGCGAUUUUGCCACAAUUUUGAUGAAAUAAUGAAAAUCUGUGAUGAUUACGAUGUGACAUGCAAUGAGUUUUUUUUUGAUCGGAACCCAGGCACAUUUAGGACAAUUUUGACUUUCCUUAGGGCUGGGAAAUUGAGACUUUUGAGAGAAAUGUGUGCCCUUUCUUUCCAAGAGGAAUUGUUGUACUGGGGCAUUGAAGGUGACAAUCUAGAGUGGUGUUGUCGUCGCCGAUAUCUGCAGAAACUUGAAGAAUUUGCAGAAAUGAACGCUAUUGAGGAGGAUCUGGCAGAGGGUGAAAGGAUGGGCGAUUUUGUUCAACCAUCGGGAUGUAAUCACUUCAUGACAAAACUUAGGGAUAUGGUGGAAAAUCCUCAGUCGGGGCUCCCAGGAAAAAUCUUUGCCUGCCUUUCUGUUAUUUUUGUGACUAUUACUGUAGUUAAUCUCUCCAUCAGUACCAUGCCUGACCUCAGGGCUGAAGAGGAUAAAGGAGUAUGCUCACAGAAGUGCUACAAUAUUUUCAUUGUGGAAACUGUCUGUGUAGGCUGGUUUUCGCUGGAGUUUGUGUUACGAUUCAUUCAGGCUCGCAGCAAAUUUGUCUUCCUGAGGACUCCACUCAAUAUCAUUGACAUUAUAGCCAUCUUACCCUAUUACAUUACCCUUCUGGUGGACACUACAUCAGUGGAAAAUGGAAAACCUGGAGGAGGAAGCAGUUACCUUGACAAGGUGGGCCUUGUUUUGCGAGUCCUCCGUGCCUUGAGGAUUUUGUAUGUGAUGCGGCUUGCCAGGCACUCCCUGGGACUACAGACACUGGGGCUAACAGCACGCAGGUGUACCCGUGAAUUUGGUCUCCUCCUUUUAUUCUUGUGUGUGGCCAUUGCACUUUUUGCCCCCUUGCUUUAUCUUAUUGAAAAUGAAAUGUCUAGCUCGCAUGAGUUCACAAGCAUACCAGCAUGUUACUGGUGGGCUGUUAUCACCAUGACGACAGUGGGCUAUGGAGAUAUGGUGCCUCGAAGCAUUCCAGGCCAAGUGGUAGCAUUAAGCAGCAUUUUAAGUGGCAUCCUUCUCAUGGCCUUCCCUGUAACUUCCAUUUUUCACACUUUCUCUCGCUCAUAUGUGGAAUUAAAGCAAGAACAGCAAAGAGAUCAAAGAAGGUUACAGAUCAUGAUUAAAGCUAAACCACAAAUGAACAUUAUUUCACAAGAAAAUGAGAACUUAUUUUCAAGUCUGUCUUCUGAACCAAGAGAAAACUAA